AUCCCCGCCCAUCGAUCCGGGUGCCGGUGGAGCUUGUGACGUCAGACCGUUUCUUCCGGAAACGGCGGCGACGGCAGAAAGAACCGAGGGGCUAUCGUUGGUGGGUGCGCCUGAAAGCCGAGAGAGGAGCGUAACCCGGAAGCGGAAGCGGAUUCCUUCCCGGCUCCGGCUUCACACUUGUUACAGGUCCACUGGUGGGCUCCUGCUACCAUGGAUUUGUUAUUUGGGCGCCGGAAGACACCAGAGGAGCUGCUGAGGCAGAAUCAACGAGCCCUGAACCGUGCCAUGCGAGAGCUGGACCGUGAGCGACAGAAGCUAGAGACCCAGGAGAAGAAAAUCAUCGCAGACAUCAAGAAGAUGGCCAAGCAGGGCCAGAUGGAUGCUGUGCGUAUCAUGGCAAAAGACCUGGUGCGCACAUCGGCGUUAUGUGCGUAAUUUGUGUUGAUGCGGGCCAACAUCCAGGCUGUGUCCCUGAAGAUCCAGACACUGAAGUCUAACAACUCAAUGGCGCAAGCUAUGAAGGGGGUCACCAAAGCCAUGGGCACCAUGAACAGACAGUUGAAGUUGCCUCAGAUCCAGAAGAUCAUGAUGGAAUUUGAGCGGCAGGCUGAGAUCAUGGACAUGAAGGAGGAGAUGAUGAAUGAUGCCAUUGAUGAUGCCAUGGGUGAUGAGGAAGAUGAAGAAGAAAGUGACGCUGUUGUGUCCCAGGUCCUGGACGAGCUGGGAUUGAGCCUGACAGACGAGCUGUCAAACCUCCCCUCCACCGGAGGCUCACUCAGUGUGGCUGCCAGUGGGAAGAAAGCAGAGGCCGCAGCCUCAGCCCUAGUAAUGCUGAUGCCAGACCUGAGGAAACGGCUCAAGAACCUGCGGAGGGACUGAUCACCCUAGACCAACCCCGGGUGGGAGGUGGGCAGUGGAUGCCCAACAGUUUCAUUGUACUUCUUCUGUAAUAAAAGAUUGGACACUAA